UGGCACAGCUAGCGCCGCGACUUUGAUUUGAAAUUCCUUGUUGUUCAUUUGUCUGAUUCCACCCUCGGCCUAAGGCCUCGGUCCACACGUCUUUCUCUCUCAUCUUCAUAUAAAUACAUAGGCUUGUAUCUUCCAUUCUCAAUCCACUCCAAUUCACAAUAUCCAUCACUUUCCAAAGUCCAAACAUGGUUGAUCUAGAUUGGCAAACAAAGAUGGUUCGCUCCAACAUACCUCCCAAGUCCCCAAAGCUCUCUCUCCCAGAUAACAACAUCCCAAUCCCCGCUUUGCAAUUCCCCCUUCCCCUUCGCCAAAACGACAUCACUGCAGCAUCCCCCCCGCUCUGCACCGCAUACGACAACUACCUCCGCCUCCCUCACCUCAAAGCCCUCUGGGCCUCCAAUCACUUCCCCAAUUGGUCCAACGAGCCCAUCUUAAAGCCCACCCUACACGCCCUCGAAAUCACCUUCGGCUUCCUGGCAACCGUUUUAUCAGACCCCAGACCCUACGUCAACAAGCGCGAGUGGACCCGUCGCCUCGAGUCCCUCGCCACGGCCCAAAUCCAAAUCAUAUCAUUCCUAUGCGAAGACGAGGAGCAAAACCCCCAGACACGUGGCAAGGCGCCGGUGAGCGACAUUAACUCCAUAGCCAUAACCACGGGGACGCACAACAGAUGCUACAGCGAGGAAAGCAUGCUCCCUCGCCUCGCCACGUGGCAAAAAUCCAAGGACGUAGCCAAGAGGAUUCUCGCCACCGUGGACUGCCAGAUGACGCGCUGCACCUACACGCUGGGCUUGGGAGAGCCCAAUCUCGCCGCCAAACCGAUUCUCCGUUACGACGCCGUUUGCACGCCCAGGGAGAUUCAUCUGCUCCAAGCCAUGGACGACGGCGUCGCCAACUACGAGAACAAGACGGUGCGCGCCACGCACCAGAUCGCCGAGUGCUGGACGCGCGCCGCCGGGAAGCUUCUGGAGAGGGUGGCGGAGUCGGUGGAGAGGAAAACGCUGGAAAAAGCGGCGUGUGAGUGCGAGGCGGUGGAGCGGAUCUGGAAGUUGUUAACGGAGGUGGAGGAUUUGCACGUGAUGAUGGAUCCGGAGGAUUUUCUGAGGCUGAAGAAGCAGCUAGGGGUGAGGAGCUGGGGCGAAACAGCGGCGUUUUGCUUCCGGUCGAGGGAGCUUGUGGAGGUGGCGAAGGCGUGUAGGGAUCUGAGGCAGAAGGUGCCGGAGAUUCUGGAGGUGGAGGUGGACCCCAAGGGUGGGCCCGGGAUGAUGGAGGCUGCGAUGAAGGCUUACGCGGACAAGUUGGAGAAAGUUCAGGUGUUGCAGGCCAUGCAAUCCAUUGAGGUGGCGAUGAAGAGAUUCUUCUACGCCUAUAAGCAUGUUGUGUCGGUUGUGAUGGGGAGUUCCAGUUCCGAUGCCGAUGGCUUAACUCACAUCUUUCUUCAUCCCUCUUAUUACCCUAGCUUGGAUGCUGCUAAGACCUUUCUUGCCUACUAUUGCCAAAAUAACCAUUGUUAAUUCAUUCAUUCAUUCAUCACUACUACUACUUACUACUUACUCACACAAACAAACCUUUUGUAUUACCAAUAUCUUCAAUUUAUUUCACUAUUUUUUGGAUCAUA